AGCCUGAGCUGGCUGAAGAAACUCAGUGGAGCGUACUCUGCAAGGCGUGAAGGCAACCCGGGGGCCCUCACCUGCGUGACACCUUGUACACACUUGGGAAGAAGAAGUAGAAGAAGAAGUAAAAGAAGAAGAAGAAGUUCUGGUAAUGCUUACGACGCGCCAUCUUGCUCCUAAUUGAGCAAAAACAGAAUCGGUAGUAGUCCGGUCUUUCCUUGACGUCUCAGUUGAGGCUACUCGGGUACUGUUGUCGUGCACACAAGAGGGGACUCGAACGUCUGCAGCCACGAUGAUGUCCUACAUAAAACAACCUCAUUACACAAUGAACGGCUUAAAUCUGUCCGGCCCAGGCAUGGAUGUGCUGCACACCACCGUCGCUUAUCCUUCCACACCCAGGAAGCAGCGAAGGGAGCGGACCACCUUCACCAGAACACAACUGGACAUCCUGGAGGCCCUGUUCUCCAAGACCCGCUACCCGGACAUCUUCAUGAGGGAGGAAGUGGCCCUCAAGAUCAACUUGCCCGAGUCGCGUGUGCAGGUCUGGUUCAAGAACCGGCGUGCCAAGUGCCGUCAGCAGCAGCAGCAGAGCAGUGGCCAGUCCAAACCCCGCCCCCCCAAGAAGAAAGCCUCACCCGUGCAGGAGCCUACCGCUCCCGAGCCCGUCCCCAACCCAACCGGCUCAUUUAGCCCCUCCCCUGUCCAGGCAGGGCCCGGUCUGGCCCAGAGUUCCAGCGCUGGAAACACCGCUGUGUCCAUCUGGAGCCCGGCCAUCUCACCUCUCCCCGACCCCUUGGCCUCCUCCACGGCCCCUUGCAUGCAGAGGCCCUCCCCUUACCCCAUGAGCUACGGCCAGCCGUCAGCCUACAGCCAAGGCUACGCCAGCACCACCUCUUACUUCACCGGUUUGGACUGCAGCGCCUACCUGUCCCCUAUGCACUCACAGCUGUCGGGCACCGGGGGCGCUCUCAGCCCCAUCACCGUGCCCUCCAUGGGGGGCUCCCUAAGCCAGUCGCCGGCCUCGCUGUCUUCACAGGGCUACAGCACUGCCUCCUCCUUGGGCUUCACCUCUGUUGACUGCCUGGACUACAAGGACCAGCAGGCCUGGAAACUGGGCUUCACCACAAUGGACUGCCUGGACCAUAAGGACCAAAACUCCUGGAAGUUCCAGGUCCUCUAGAAAAAAGCGACGCUAGUCGGCGUUUGUGUAUUGUUAGUGCCAGGCGUGCUGCUUUUCAUGUUUGUAUGAGUUUCAUGUUACUUUACUCGUAGGGAAGAUCUUCACCUGAAUACGUUUGGACUACAAACACGCUCAAAAAAGCCUUUCAGGAGUUUGUAGGAAAGGACUGGGGUUCCCGCACGUGGAGACACCUCAAUGAUCUCGACUUAUUUUGACUUAUUUAUUUCGUUUGAUGUCAUUUGCUCACAUCUAGAUGUUCUUGAGCGUUUGUGUUCAGUGCUACACGGUGUUAGCUGUUAGUGGACGACAGUUAGGACCUUCUGUUUUAGCUCUGUGUCAUAUUAAAGCCGUUUAUUCUGUACACUUUUGUGCACUGAUAAUCAUUGCAAGAUUAACGUCUGUACACUUCUUUGCACUAAUAAUCAUUGCAAGGUUAACGUCCGUACACUUCUGUGCACGAAUAAUCAUUGCAAGGUUAACGUCCGUACACUUCUGUGCACUGAUAAUCAUUGCAAGAUUAACGUCCGUACACUUCUGUGCACUGAUAAUCAUUGCAAGGUUAACGUCCGUACACUUCUGUGCACGAAUAAUCAUUGCAAGGUUAACGCCCGUACACUUGUGUACACUGAUAAUCAUUGCAUGGUUAAUGUCCGUACAUUUCUGUGCACUGAUAAUCAUUGCAAGGUUAACAUCUGUACACUUGGAGCGGAGUGUCCAAAGUGCGGUGUAUUCGAAAAAUUCAUUAUCUAUGAAAUAUGUUAUUAGAUACAGUUGGACCCGUUUCUGUCGACAAUCAAGUCCCGGUCCCCCGUGUUGUUCUUAUUAUUAAAAUGUCGACAUACAUGGUUAUUAUAAAAUCUGAGACUCAGAGGGAGCAUUUCGAUGAAAAACGUGUCCGUUGAUGUAGUAUGCUAACGUCGUCAUUAUUGAAAUUAAAUGGAUCCGACCUCUAAAAAAAAAGCCUUUCCACUUUGGCAUAGGAUCUGUGGUCCUUACUUUCGCCACUUUCUUAGCUCGUUAGCCACAUUCUUAGCUAUUUUCCGUUAUGGGUUCCGCUAUAUGACAGUAAUUUGCUUUGUCACCUAGAACACGAAGCUAAAAUGUGGAUGUUUUUGUUCAGAUAGCUUAGUAUUGCCCUUUUAGCAUCUUGAACGCACCAAAUGUAUCCAAGUGGCACCGAAGUUGAUAUGUUAUGAGACAGAGGUCCGUUCUGGAGUUGGACCGUCAUAUGGCCUGGCAUGGCGGACUCCACUUGGUCCAUCUUGGUUAUUUUAGUUGAUCUCAUUCUGGGAGUGUCCCAAUCCUCUUAGCCUCCCUUCAGCAAUGCCCUAAGUGAAUUAGUUGGGAUUAUUGCCCUGUCCUCCUCUCUUUCUGUCUCUCGCCAAUCUCCGUCACCUCCUCUCCUUCCUUUUCCUGGCUGUUUUGUGCCUCCCUCCUUCUUGUUUAGCUUUGUCUUUGCUCAUUCUGUCCCAAUUUAUUUGUCCUUUCUUCUUUCGGCAUGCCUUCUAUGUUAGUUUAGACAUGCAUCCAUUUAAAAAAACAACAAAAACAAAAAACAUACAUACAGUAUCAGCCCCUACUUUUACGACAAUCCCGCACUGCUCUUCGGAAAAUGUGGUAAUCCCGGUAUGACCCGAUUACUGCCACGCAAACCUGACAUUUACACAAGAACAUUUGACACCAGCGUGAGCGCCGUUAUGGAUACGGCAAAUGGAUUCCAACCCUACAGUUGUAGUUACCUUUUACGUGUUUGUUUUUGAAAUCUUAUAUAUUAGUAAUUUGGAGGCAUUGUGCUGGAUUGGUUGUUACUACAUAAAAUGGAGUCGCUCCAAAGAGAUGCUGGAUGUAAUUGUUGUUAUAUAAAUAAUAAAAGUCAAUUCUAUU